AUGGAGCUGAGAGGCCCCAGGAGGCGGGGGCCCCAGGAGCCUGUAGCCUCCUUCCUCCGGGACCCGAGCACAGGGCGCAUCUACAGGCGGGGGCGACUGCUGGGCACGGGUGCCUUUGGCAGAUGCUACAAAUUGACUGACAUGUCUACCAAUAGAGUCUUCGCCCUCAAGGUGUUGCCCCGGGGAAGACUCUGUGGGCUGGACCAGUGGGGGAAGAGGGGGCCACCUUCCCGCCGGCAGGUGGAAAGAGAGAUUGAGCUCCAUAGCCAGCUGAGGCAUCGGAAUGUGGUUGGCUUCCAUGGGCACUUUGCUGACCAAGACAAUGUCUAUUUGGUGCUAGAGCAUUGCAGCCGCAAGUCCUUGGCCCAUGUCCUGAAGGCCCGGAAGACACUGACUGAGCCCGAGGUCCGCUACUACCUACGAGGCAUCGCAGCCGGCCUGCGAUACCUCCACCAGCAGGGUAUCAUCCACAGAGACCUCAAGCUCAGUAACUUCUUCAUUACUAAGAACAUGGAGGUGAAGAUUGGCGACUUGGGACUGGCUACGAAAGUGGGGGCUGGGGGGCACUGCCAUGGGGGGCUCUGUGGGACACCUAACUACCUGGCCCCAGAAGUUGUCUCCCGAAAGGGUCACUCCUUCCAGUCGGACAUCUGGGCUCUUGGCUGUAUCAUGUACACCGCACUGACGGGCUUCCCCCCCUUCAAGGCCAGCCCAGUGCCCGAGAUGUAUCAGAGCAUCCGGGACGCCUGCUAUCCUGUGCCCGCUCACCUCUCACCCAAUGCCCGAAGGCUUAUUGCCCGCUUGCUGGCCCCUAACCCCGCUGACCGGCCCAGCCUCGACCAGGUCCUGGAAGAUGACUUCUUCACUCAGGGCUUCACCCCAGACCGAUUGCCUCCUCGAUCUUGCCACACAGCACCCAUCUUCACCAUCCCCCAGCCCUUGGACAAACUCUUUCAGAAAGCCACCCAACUGUUCCUGGCCGUGGCCCAGCGCCGGGCCCCACGUGAGUUAUGUGGUUGUGGAAAAAGAGGCAGGAGACCAUGUUCCCAAGGUCAGCCCCUCUGCCCAGCUACCAGGGGCAGGCCAGAAACACCACCGUGGCUCAUCUCUUCUCUCCCCACUCCUCGCUUUCCAGGAUCAUUUAUCCCAAAGGUGCCAACGGCUCCAGUGCCCGAGGACCCCCAGAAGACUCCCAAGGAAGCAGGCAGUGAGGUCCUUUCUCAUCCUCCCCACAAGGCUGAAGCCCCGGAGGAGGAAACUCAGCCCCAAGUUCCCUACCUGGAGACACCUAUCCACCUCCUCCUCCGAAGGAGCCUGAGGUGUCACUCACCUGGUACUGAGGAAUCCCCAGGGAUUCCAGGUGAUGGGGCUGAGGUGGCUACCAGGCUCCUGCAGAGUUGCCUGGGCUUUAUGCCAACAGGGGAGCGGGACCCGCCUGGGUGGCAGCAGCCGGUAUUGUGGGCCACCAAGUGGGUGGAUUAUUCUAACAAAUACGGCUUUGGCUACGAGCUCUCCGACCGCAGCACUGGGGUCCUCCUCCGUGAUGGCACACACAUCGCUCUCCAGCCGGCCCUGGGGUGCAUAAGCUACUCUCCGGUUCAGGGUGAGGUGGUGACCUUUACCUGGAGGGAGAUUCCUGACUCCCUGGCCACCAAAGUGGCUGUCCUGCAGCUCUUUACCCGCUAUAUGCAGCGGUGGUUGGUAGAGGGUGGGAGUCUUCCUACACAGCCCAGCCUCAACCCCGGCCCUGGCUUCUCCCUGCUCCACUUCCUCAAGUCAGACCGGGCCCUGCUCCUGCUCUUCAGUGAUCAGACAAUGCAGGUCAACUUCUACCACGACCACACCAAACUGCUCCUGAACUGGGCCGGGGAAGAGGCCCUGCUCACCUACAUUGACCAGGAGCGCCGGGCCACCUCGCGUCCACUGGGCAUCCUGCAGCGCCAAGGUUGCAGCGAGGUCCUGCGGCAGCGCCUCUGCUACACCCUCCAGCUGCUCCAGACCUUCUAGCACCCUGUCCUUGGGCCUCUGGGAUGCCAGGGGGAGGUGGCAGGGGGUCUGCAGGCCAGCUGUCUAGAACCCCCGAUGAUUGGAAGAGCUUUAUGAGGAAAUAGUGCAAGUAGGGAAGAUGUGCAGACUAGGGGAGCAGAGGGCACAGGAGGCACGGAAGGUCAUUAGCAGGUUGGGUAGAGAUGAGGGAUCCAGGGAGAGGUGGCUUGGACACUGGAGAAGAGGGUGAAGGCAGAGUUUGGGGUGGACUGGGUGUAGGGAGAAUUCUAGAGAAUUCCCAGGAAGCCUCAGAGACCUCUGCUGGCUGACCCUUUCAUUUAACAGAUGGGCACCCUGCAGCCCAGAGAAGAAAAGGGACUUAGCCAGGGACACAGAGAGUGGAAGACUAGAAUCCAGGGCUCCUUGUUCUCAAUCCACUGCCCUGUUCCUCACCCCAUGCUGCCCAACACCCAGCAGGACAAUCAGCAGUUAUCAAGGCUGGAGUGAGAGCCAAAAGGAUGGGCAGAAGCAGAAGCAAGUGAAGGAAGGAGAGCUGGAGCAGCUUCCUUUGGCCACCAUGGACCCAAUGAGGUCAGCUUGGUACCAAGAUUGGGCUGGAAAAAAAAAAAAACCCAAGAUGAAAUUUAACAGGCAUAAAUGCAAAGCCCUGCUCUUGGGUUCAAAAAAUUAACCACACAAGAACAAGAUGGGGGAGAUACAGCCAGAAAAAGCAUGUGAAAAGGAUCUGGGGAUUUUAGUGGACCGCAAGGUCCAUAUGAAGUAACAUAAGACAUUGCAGCCUCCAAAGCUUGGUACAAUCUUGGGUUGUAUAAGAGAGAAAAAAUGCAUCAAGAAGAAAGAAGGCAGGAGACACGUUGCCCCCUGCCCCAGUCAGACAUCCAGAGGACAGUGUUCGGAUUAAGGAAGGACGUUGCUAAGUUGGAGCAGAUCCGAAGGAUGGGCAGUGCAGGGAGGGGCCUGGAGAUCAUGUCAUACCGGAUCAGCUGAAGGAACUUGGGGGUGUUAGCCUGGAAAAGAAAAGACUUGGGCAGAGUGGGGGAUGAAAGAGGCAUAGCAGUUGGUUUUAUUUUUUUCCCAAAUAUCUGAAGGUUUGUCAUAUGGAAGAGGGAUGAUUUCCCUUAUUUCAAACUUGUUCUGUCUGACCCUGGAGGUCAGACCUAGGAGCACUGAAUGGAAGUUGCAGAAAAGAAAUUGGGAGAAAUCUGUCCUACAAUGAGAUGGAUUACCUUGGGCAGUGGGGAGCACCCUGUCUCUGGAGGUCUUCAACCUUCCAUUUGUUAGGGGUGUCGUCAUAGAUUCAUAUUGCAGGGAGGGAUCCUCUGAAGUCUCUUCCAACUCUUUGAUCUUAUGGCUGAUUAAAUACUCAGUGUGGGAUGACAGGGGAUGAUGGGACAGAUGGGUGAUCUCAGCAAACUCCUGUCCUUGCUGGAUUUGGCCUGAACCAAGCAGGCACAGGCCAGAAGGGCUGGGUGGGAGCUGAAAUGGGGCAAGGGCAUUCUGCAAGGUGCCCACUGGGCUGGAC